GAACAGAUCUAGUCUGGGGGACUAGGAAAGACGAAAAAACAAAGAGGAAGGAGAGAGAGCGGGCCGUGGUGGUGGGUGGCCGUAAAGAUGAUGUCAGGAGGGAGUUACACGCCGAUCGACAAUCAAAAAGUCUCCGGAUCUGUUCCCGCCGUCUCAGAUUCACCAGCUCAUGUAGCCGUCAAGUUCUCAGACUCCAAUCUUCAAACAUUUCCACCUUCCACUGUGCAGGGGAAGAUUUCUGGUGCCUCUGGACCUCCUCGUGAUGCUGAUGAUUCAUUUUCAAAACCAGUAUCAGGAUCUGAUGAAGUUCAGCAAGGUGGAUGGUUUCAAGUAUUCACAAUUGCUUAUUACAAGCCCUAUUUUGAUGUUGACACAUCAGAUGUCCUUGAUAGGAUCAAAGAAUCACUCAUACCCUUUAAAGGAAGCUUUUAUGAAAAAACUUCUAGCAACCCAGACUUAUAUGGGCCAUUUUGGAUAUGUACAACCUUAAUAUUUGUGGCUGCUGCCAUUGGCACAUUUGCGACCUAUAUAGCUCACAAGUUACAGAAGACAGAAUGGAACUAUGAUAUAAAUCUCGUAACUUGGUCUACUGGGUUGUUCUAUGGCUACGUCAUUGUUGUUCCUCUGUGCUUAUAUGUAAUCCUCAAAUACUUUUCUGUGCACUCUGGCCUAGUGCAGUUGUUUUGCCUGUAUGGUUACUCCUUAUUUAUCUUCAUUCCUGCCCUGUGUUUAUCGGUUGUUCCAUUGGAGCUAUUCAGAUGGGUGGUUACAGGUGUAGCAGGUUUCUUGUCAGCAACCUUUGUUGCAGUGAAUCUGAAGAACCACAUUAAAUCUGCAGGUGAAAGGUGGUUGUUCAUAGUAACCGCAAUCUUCCUUUUGCAGCUUGCUUUGGCUGUGGUACUUAAACUCUACCUCUUCACUUUUACUGUCUAAUGAUAGGGUUAUGAUGAUAUUGUUUCAAUGUGUUAUAAGAAAAAAACCCCACUUUUUUUUUUUUUUUUAUCAUUUCAAUCUCUCAACAGAAAAUGUAUUAGCAUUAUUCAGCCCAUUUUCAUGCAAUCUCUUUUUAGAAACCUAUUUAAGAUGACUCUUUUAUAAGUGGACUCAUUUUCAUCUAUCAUAUCAAAUUUCCCAGAAUACAUUGACUAUGUUGAGGCUCACAAUAUUCCAGAAUUGAACUCUAGUAUCUUUAUCCAUAUAUAUUUGUUGAAUAUUUUUUUGUA